AUGGUGGAGGAGGAGGAGGAGGAUGAAGAUGAGGACAGUGAGGAAGACCCUAAGAAAAAGAAAGGGAAGGACAAAAAGGAGGCCUCCAAAGCCAUGGCUGGUGCCUCCCACCUGGUGAUGGGGCUGGCGGGCGAUGAUGCCAAGAAGAAGAAGGGGGCAAAGAAGGAGCACGCCAAGGCUCAGCUGAAAGGGGCUACCAAGGCUAUGGCUGGUCUAGCUAGGAAGGAAGUGGCACCGCCCAAGUCCAAAAUGAAGAAGAGCCUGAAGAGUGCAUCCAAGCUCUUCAUGGGCUUCAAGAGGCUAGGCCUGAAGCGCUCCAAGAAGGGCCAGUUCAAGAACACCUCCCGGUUUUUCUGGGGGCUGAAUAAAUACAGCACAAAGAAGAAGAUAAAGAAGAAGAACAAGGCAGUGCUGAAAUCCACCUCCAACCUCAUGAUGCGCUUCAAGAGUAUAGGGAACAAGAAGAAAGAGGUCAGUGGCAACCCGAAAAAGCCCUCUUUCCUGCUGAUACGGCUGGGACUGGGAGGCGAGAAACCUAAGGAGGAGGGUGGGUUCUUCAGCAGCCUCUUCCGCUGGAGGAGAAUGAAAGAGAAAUUCAAACCCCGGGCUCAGAUCCUGAGCAAAGCUUCUGCUGCCACCAGCUGGCUGACAAGAAAGUUCCUGUCCAAACGGGCCAAGCUUACCUACAAUGAGAGGUCCAUGAAUGAGGCCUGGCUGUCUAGGAUUGGAGCUAAGAAACUCCCCUUCCCAUCAGAGGACGAGAUUCUGAGGCACCGAGCCAACAUGAAAAGGUUCUCUGGAGCCAGGAGGCUCUAUGGCCAAGGGGAAGAGGAAUAUGGCUACCAGCCAAAUUUUGAACAUGGCGGCCUUGUGAGGCAGCCCUCUGGGAGGUUCUCACAGCCCGGGCCAAGCGGGUAUGAGGGCCCUGCAGUCCCACUGGACUAUUACAACUGUUACCAGGAUGACAGCAGCUUUUACGACCCGCAGGCCCCAGCUCAGUAUGGCUACCCUGAGGACGAAAGCUACCUCCAGGCACCGACUGACUAUGGAGACGGACACGACUUUCAUAACAGAAGGGUAUCUGAUUACGAGGACUACCCUGGAUAUGAUAUGGAAGAAGAAUACGGGCUUUACGAAGAGCCCAUGGACUACUACGACGAUCCGCUGCAAAACGAGUCUGACUACUAUGACUAUGAAGACCAGGAUUAUGAGUUACCUUCUGGCUAUUCACCCUAUGACUCCUAUGACCAAUAUAGGAGCAAUGUGGAUUACUAUGAAAAGCAAACAGGGCCAUAUGGCUCUUCUGAAGACAAAUAUGGUCCUUCUGGAGGGCCCUACAACCUGAGGGUAGAUGAAAUGGGCUAUCUGUAUGAUUAUUCCCCUCAGCAUGAAAUCAGUUACAGUGAAUACGAAUGGGACCCUCCAGCUCAGUUUUCCUAUAACCCUUAUGCGUAUCCCUUGGAUGAUAUAACGGAGAUGGAUGAGCCAGAGGAGUUGGCAGAUGAGAAUGGAGAUUACCCCUUUAUGCUCCCUAAUUCUUCCUUCUUUGAGCAGCAGGGGAUCGAGGAAAUGUUGCCUUCUAAACUGUCGUUAAACAGGAAGUUCAGGCUCUUCCCCAGGCCUCAGGUGAAGCUGUUUGGCAGAGACAAACUUGAUGUUCCCCUCCCUCCUUCUCCACAUAUUUCCCUUGCUGGCAAAGUGGAUCAAGAUGAGGAUGACUACGGUGAAUACGAGCCGCUGGCGUCUCCCUUCGCCCAGUUCAGCAAUGGGGAUCCCCAACCUUCAGUGACAUACUGCCGUGUUGGCCAGGCUCAUGGGAGCUGGCUUCCAAGACCUCACUCUCCAAAGUCAAUGGGAAGCAGGUUUGACCCUGGUGACCAGCAAGGCAAUGUCCAGGGGGCGCAUUUGCAAAGCUUCUCUCCGCGAGGAUGUGGGAGCCCCCUAGGGCAAUUCUUACAGAAAUCCCUCAUGCAACCAAAACCCAUUUUAAAACACCGUGGGAGCGAGGUAAAGGGCAGGCCCCCCCCACCCUCUCCAAUAAGGAGGGCAACAUCUUUGUCAUUUGGUGAGAGCGGGCCUCUGAGGCCACCUUCCCCUCAGCCAUCAAUUAGACACAGCGACAUGCCAAGUUCCACCUCUUCCCCGAAACUUAGCAGGCAGCGUAGGAGUCCAGAGAGACAGAGCUUUCAUCACCCUUCUCCACAGCCCUCUGUAAGACAUUUUGACAUCCCCCAGGAGAAAGCACAUGACCGGCAUCCAUUUAUUGAGCCUUCCUAUAAAAAGUUUGGCCACAAAUUAGCAGGAAUGGAGACUUUAGACUGGGCACCUCUCUUGCCUAUGAGGAAAUUCGAUUACACAGCCAGGAACAACAACAACCCCCAAAGGCCUCCUUCCCCUCAACCUUCCCGGAGGAGCAUCUCCUCCUCUCUACAUCCUUUAAGAAGAGAAGCAUGUAGCAGACCAGCAAAACUCCCCGCUGAGCUCUUUGAGAACGAGGACACGUCAGGAGAGGACGGUGCAGGGAGGUACGCCGUCGUCAUGCCGCAGGUCCAGAGGCUGGGCUCCUUCAGAAGGAUGUCCUGCAUGCACAAGCAGCACUGGUCUAAGCAGCAGAUGGUGAACGUCCGUGCGUCACCCAGCGGGUGGUCUUCUGAGAAACUGCUUCAUAAUCCUCCCACUGCGAGCCUGAACAGGUGCUCGGGCCGGCGAGGAGACAGCACUGCUGAGUACCUGACCCACAGAUCCUCAGUGCAGAACCAGGGUGAUGGGAGCCACUGGGAGCAUGGGAACAUGGGCAAGAAACUGCCCUGGCACAACCAGAUGCACUCCAUCCGCAACCUGCCGUGCAGGAGCCCCCGAGAAGAGCCGAAGGCAGAUGGCGUGGAGGACAUGACCCAGCUGCAGGACCUCCAGGAGGGGGCAGUGCUGCACAACAUCAAGACGAGGUUUGACCGGGAGUUAAUCUACACCUAUAUAGGCAGCAUCUUAGUGUCCGUGAACCCCUACAAAAUGUACAACAUCUAUGGGACGGAGCAGGUGCUGCAGUAUGAAGGAAGGGCGCUGGGAGAGAAUCCCCCACACCUUUUUGCUAUUGCAAACAUCGCCUAUACCAAAAUGAUGGAUGCCAAACACAACCAGUGUAUUAUCAUCAGUGGCGAAAGUGGUUCAGGCAAAACGGAAGCCACCAAGCUGGUCCUGCGUUACCUGGCAGCGGUCAAUCAGAAACGCAAUGUGAUGCAGCAGAUCCUCGAAGCGACCCCCCUGCUGGAAUCGUUCGGAAAUGCCAAAACAGUGAGGAACGACAACUCCAGCAGGUUUGGGAAAUUUGUGGAAAUCUUUCUGGAGGAAGGCUUGAUCUGUGGUGCCAUAACCUCACAGUACCUUCUUGAGAAAUCAAGGAUCGUGUUUCAGGCCAACAACGAAAGGAACUAUCACAUAUUCUAUGAGAUGCUGGCUGGCCUUCCCGCUCAGCAGAAGCAGCAAUUCUGCCUUCAAGAUGCAGAAACUUACUAUUACCUGAACCAGGGAGGUAACUGCGAGAUUCCUGGCAAGAGUGAUGCUGAGGAUUUCCGGAGGUUGCUCAGCGCCAUGGAGAUCCUGAACUUCAGCACCGAGGACCAGAACAGCAUCUUCCGAAUUCUGUCUUCCAUCCUCCACCUGGGGAACGUCUACUUUGAAAAAUACGAGACAGACUGCCAGGAGGUCGCGUCAGUGGUGAGCGCGAGAGAGAUCCGUGCAGUAGCCGAGCUGCUCCAGAUCUCGCCAGAGGGGCUGCAGAAGGCCAUCACGUUCAAAGUGACGGAAACGCUGAGGGAGAAGAUUUUCACCCCCCUCACUGUAGAAAGUGCCGUUGAUGCCAGAGAUGCUAUUGCCAAGAUCCUGUACUCCCUGCUCUUCAGCUGGCUCACGGACAGGGUUAACAAGCUGGUCUACCCUAAAAAGGAGGCUCUUUCCAUAGCUAUUCUGGAUAUCUAUGGGUUCGAGGACCUCAGCUUUAACAGCUUCGAGCAGCUAUGUAUCAAUUAUGCAAACGAAUAUCUGCAAUUCUUCUUCAACAAGAUCGUCUUUAAGGAGGAGCAGGAGGAGUACGUCCGGGAACAGAUAGAGUGGAAAGAAAUCACCUUCAGCGACAAUCAGCCCUGCAUCGAUCUCAUUGCUCAAAAGCCACACGGGAUUCUGAGGAUCCUGGAUGACCAGAGCUCCUUCCCACAGGCCACAGACCAUACUUUCCUCCAGAAGUGUCAUUACCACCAUGGCUCCAAUGCAUUAUACACCAAACCAAAGAUGCCUCUCCCAGAGUUCACCAUCAAACACUAUGCUGGCAAAGUAACCUACCAGGUGCACAAGUUCCUGGAUAAAAACUAUGAUCAAGUUCGCCAGGACGUGCUGGACCUUUUUGUCAACAGCAAAACCAAAGUGGUGGCCAACCUCUUCUUUGGCCAUGCCCAGUUGGUGGCGCAGCAGAGGACCAUGAUGGGGAAGAACAGCACAGUCACCCGGCGGUAUAAAGCAUCUACGGUGGCAGCUAAGUUCCAGCAGUCACUCCUGGACCUGGUGGAGAAGAUGGAGAGGUGCAACCCGUUCUUCGUCCGCUGCCUCAAACCCAACAACAAGAAGGAGCCAGCUGUCUUCGAGGCAGACAUUGUCAGCAGCCAGCUCCGGUACUCUGGAAUCCUAGAGACCAUCCGUAUCCGCAAAGAGGGCUUCCCGGUUCGCAUCCCCUUCCAGAUCUUCAUCGACAGGUACAGGUGCCUCGUAGAUAUCCGGCCUGGCAUCACCCCAGAUGGUGUGAGCUGUGUGGAGGUGCUGAAGAAGCUGUGUGCUGUGAGUCCCACCAUGUACUGCAUUGGAGUCAGCAAGCUGUUCAUGAAGGAGCACCUGUACCAGCUGCUGGAGAGCAAGCGGGACCGUGCCCUGCACCUGGCAGCGCUCACCCUGCAGCGCUGCGCCCGCGCCUUCUUCAUCAAGAGACGCUUCCGCUCACUGCGCCGCAAGAUCAUCCUCCUCCAAAGCCAGUCCCGGGGCUACCUGGCCAGGCAGAGGUACAAGAGGCUGAGGAAGAGUCUGAUCACGUUCAGGUCCUUGGUGCACAUGUACGUGAAUCGCAGGAGGUACCUCAAGGUGAGAGCAAGCGGCUGGCGCGGCGGAAUGGCCGGGGGGGCGAUGGGAGGGAAGGGGGAGCUGACCAAGAGGGAGGUGGUGGAUGUAACGCACCUGGAAGUCCCCGCUGAGCUGGCGGGGCUGCUGGAGCUGGCAGCAGGUAAGCGCUCAUUUCCCCCAGAGGGCUGGGUCGGAGCAGCUGGGAAUGGUCCAUGCGUCGUUCCGGUCCCUGCGCCCAAACUGCAAACGAACUCCCAGCUCACCCUGCCGCUCGACAUCAACAACUACCCCAUGGCCAAGUACGUGCGGGUCCAGUUCCAGGAGCCAUUGUUUGGGAUGCUCUCCGUGCCACUGGCAUCCCCUCUGACCCAGCUGGAGGAGGAGCUGGUGCAAGAAGCUCUCAGUCUGUUCAAGCUGAUUCUGCGCUUCAUGGGCGACCCACGCCUUGGUGGCGCCCAGGAGAACCUGUUCGGGAACUACAUCGUGCAGAAGGGGCUCUCAGCACCGGGCCUGCGGGACGAGAUCCUGGCUCAGAUCGCCAACCAGGUGUGGCGCAAUACCAACGUCAACAACGAGGAGCGGGGCUGGCUCCUCCUGGCCACCUGCCUCAGUGGCUUUGCCCCCUCCACCGGCCUGGAAAAACACCUGCUCAAGUUUGUUUCCGACUACGCCUUUGAUGGCUACAAGCCGGUGUGCCAGCACAAGCUGAUGCAGGCCAUGCUGCGGUCCCAGCUUGGCCCCGAGAUGGCCCGGGCCUACCCGCCAUCGCUGCUCGAGUGGACGGCCAACAGGCAGAGAGCAAGCAUGGCCUUGGAUGUCUACUGCUUCAACGGCGGCCACUUCUCCUGCCCCAUCCAUUCCUGGAGCACAGGGGAGGAGCUGGCAGGGGACGUGCUGAAGCACAGGGGGCUGACGGAGGGCUGGAGGGGCUGGUCCGUCUCCAUGAAGGAUGGCGCCCAGUGGGCCGAGCUGGCUGGCCACGAUUACAUCCUGGACCUCAUUUCCGACCUGGAGCUGCCCAGGGGCUUCCCCAAGCAGAAAUCCCAUUUCAUCGUCGCUUCAGAGGGGGUGGACAAGGGCAGCGGCCCUGCCAGCGCAGUAUUUGGACAGGGCUUAGAUUCGGACGAGGAAGUCCCUCCUCCCCCACUGACGAAGGCCCCCACUGUCCUGCUUCCAAACACCCCUGACUCAGAUGGAUAUUACAGUCGUGCAGAUUCCGACACCGUCAGCGAACCUCGAACACACAAGGGGUUGGAUCGUUACCUGGACAGUCUGUUUGACCCGGUCUUGUCCUAUGGGAAUGGGGACUUGGAGAAGCCAGCUGCUGUCUCCCGGAAGAUGAAAGGAGGAGGCCGGGUAGGAGGUAGGAGCAGCAGCGUGGACCAAGGCGGUGCCAGAGCACCCAUGGAGAUGCCCCAGCAAACCGGUUUGCAGGAGCCCGGCUUGGUGCUGCAGCACGACCACAUCAAGCAGCAGGCCCUGCUCCGGAGGACAGCUGUGAGCCGGACACCUGCCAGGACGGCAGCCUUCGUGCAGAAAGCCGCUCCUGCCUCCAGGCUGCGGGCCGGCGAGCUGGUGCGGCCGGCCAAGCUGAGCUCGCAGCACUUCCCCGAGCCCACGCAGCACAUUAAGAACAUCAUUAAGCAGUGCCAGCGGCCUGCCAGGCUCCCCGAGCCCAUCAGGAAGGAAGGUGGGAAGGUCUUUGUGAAGAAGAAGGAUCCCCAUGAGGAGGCCAUGAUGAUCUUAAAGGGGCAGAUGUCAGUGGCGCCCGGCCCCGCAACAGCCGUGGCCAAGGAAGCAAUAGCCACGGUGAAGCCCGUUACCAGCACCAAGAGGCCUUGGCCACCAUCACCAGCCGCCGUUCCCGCACCGGCUGCCACAGCCAGGUCUUCUCCAAUGUCGCCUCCAGUCACGGUCUCCCGGGAGCUCCCAGCCGAGCAGGAGCAGGUCCAGACGCAGCUGCACCGGUGCUGCAGCGAGGAGUUCUACGCCUACCGCAACGUGUCCUGGAAAAUAUACAUCAGGAAAGAGGUCUUCUAUCCAAAGGAUAACUUCAACAACCCCUUGCUGCUGGAUCUCAUUUUCAGACAGAUCUUCCACGACACGCUCUCCGACGCCUGCCUCAGGAUCACCCCGGAGGAACGGCUGCGCAUGAAAUCUCUCUUUGCGGAAAACAAGCUGGAUUCGUUCAGCCCAGUGGCCGACGACAGCAUUAAGAAGGAGAUUGUGAUCGCGGCCCGGGACAGCUGGGAGGUUUACUUCUCACGCCUCUUCCCCGCCACGGGCAGCGUUGGCACAGGGGUGCAGAUCCUGGCAGUGUCCCACACGGGGAUUAAACUGCUGCGGCUGGUGAAGGGCACCAACGUGCCUGGGGAGCAGCUGCGCGUGCUGCGGGGCUACAGCUACACCGAUAUCCUGUUCGUGACCAUCCCCUCCAACCACAUGCUGGAGUUCAACCUGACCAACGAGAAGCUGAUCCUCUUCUCCCCCAAAGCCCCGCAAGUGAAGGCCAUGAUCGACUAUUUCAUCACAGAGCUCAAGAAGGACUCGCAGUAUGUGGUUGCCGUGAAGAGCUACGUUACAGAUGACAGGAGCCUGUUGAGCUUCCACAAGGGGGACAUCAUCCACCUGCAGCCGCUGGAGCAGCCUGAGAGAGACCACUGGCACGGAUGUGUGGUCCGCAAGAAGGUGACGUACCUGGAGGAGCUGAAGAGGGGCACCCAGGACUUUGGGUGGAAAUUCGGUGCCAUCCACGGGAGGUCGGGGCGCUUCCCCGCUGAGUACGUCCAGCCCGUGGCAGCCCCAGAUUUUAUCCACCUGCCAGCGGACAGGAAAGAGGAGCCCAAGAACAAGCAGGGCAAGGUGGCGGCCUUGGCAGCUGUGGCAGUGGCUGUGGCCUCCACGGCUGUGGCUCAGGAACUGGACAGGAAGAUCGAGGUGUCCCCUGCAGGCAGCGACUAUGCAGAGAGCAUGGAGGAGUAUGGUGGUGAGCUUCCUGGGGACAGUGCCCUGCAGGGCGGGCAGUUCCCCAUGCUGGAGUUUGCCAAGAAGCAUUUCCGGGAGGUGCAGAGGAUGAAGACGGAUUCCUGCAAGCACAAAUCCCGGAAAGGGAAGGACUCGCCAGACGGAGCGGAGAUGCUGAAAUUCACCAAGUGCCCGCUCCAGGAGUCGCUGAUCGAAUUCACUGACAGCUGCCUGAACAGAGCUGCAGCCGAGGCCUUCCAAGCCGUGAUGAAGUUCAUGGGCGACUGGCCUCUCAAGGGGCAGACAGAGCUGGACGUCGUCUACGCUGUGCUCAAGCUGUGCGCUGACCACGAGGUCAUGAGGGAUGAAGUGUAUUGCCAGAUCGUCAAGCAGACCACGGACAACACGAGCCCCAAGAUGGACAGCUGUCAGAAGGGAUGGAGGCUGCUCUACAUCCUGACCGCCUACUACAAGUGCUCCGAGGUCCUGAAGCCCUGUCUGCUGUGGCACCUCCAGGAGACCUGCAGGAGCCCUGGGGCGCAGUUCCAAGGGAUCGCGAAGGCCUGCGAACAGAACCUCAGGAAGACCUUCCAGUUUGGCGGCCGGCGCGAAUUUCCCAGCAGCAUGGAGCUCAAAGCCAUGGUGGCCGGCCGGAGCGCCAAACGCCAGCUGUUUCUCCUGCCAGGAGGGAUUGAGAGGCACCUGAAGAUCAAAACGUGCUCGGUUGCGCUGGACGUGAUCAAGGAGAUGUGCUAUGAAAUGGGGCUGCAUCGGCCCGAGGCCUUUGACGAAUAUGUCAUCUUCGCCGUUACCAACAGAGGUCAGAAUGUCCGCCCCUUGAGCCGACGGGAGUAUAUCCUUGACGUGGCCACGGAGAUGGAGCAAGUGGACAGCAGCUACAUGUUCUGGUACCGGCGUGUCAUCUGGACCCAGCCACUGAAAUUUGACAAUGAGCUGUAUGUCACCGUGCACUAUAACCAGGUCCUGCCCGAUUAUCUCAAGGGGCUCUUCAACAUCCUACCUCCCCUGCAACCCAGCGAACAGCAGUGCCAGCAGGUCUCCAAACUGGCAGCCCUCCAGCACCGGGCCAAGGACAGCAUGUACCUGCCCACCGUCCGGGAGGUGCAGGGCUACGUCCCGCCCCAGUUCUGCCGAGUGCUGAAGGCUCAGUCGUGGCUCAACGUGGUGCUGCAGCAUCUGCCGCAGGUCCAGGCCCUGAGCGCCCACCAGGCCAGAGCUCAGUUCCUAGGGCUGCUGAGCGCCUUCCCCAUGUUUGGCUCUUCCUUCUUCUACAUCCAGAGCUGCAGUAACAACGCCAUCGUCUCGCCGUGCAUCCUGGCCGUCAACCAGAACGGCCUCAACUUCCUCAACAAGGACACCCACGAGCUGAUUGCGAAGUUCUCGCUGAAGGAGAUUCAGUCCACGAGGACCCAGCGGCCCACAGCCGGCUCCAGCUACCCCUACGUGGAGAUCAUGCUGGGAGACUUGAUGUCACAGAGGAUGACGCAGCUGCAGCUGGAGCAGGGCCUAGAGUUGUGUCGCGUGAUCGCCACCCACAUGGAAAGUCUGUUGAACGCUCGCGAGAAGAGACUCACCCUCCCUCCCAGUGAGAUUACACUGCUCUGAUCAGGCAUGUUACACACACGCACGCUCGCACGCUCCCUCCCUAACCGCCACUUGAGUGAAAGCCAGCAUGGAGAUAAACAAAUAUCUCCGUGUCCUGGGAGACGCAACGUAGACUAAAUAUAGAGACUGAUGGGACAGAUUCCCAGCUGGUUCGAGUCAGCGUAGCCCCAGUGGCCUGGGGCUGAUGUACAUCUGCUGAGGUGCUGGGACGGGGGACUUACAGACCGUAUGUGAGGUCUGAGGUGUUAAGAGCGUGAGGAAUGCAGUCUGGCCAGUUAACAGGUGAACACAGAUGCCUUAAUUUCUAUUUAAUAACUGCCCUCCUGGACAUAGGUCAUGACCUUUUUCCAGAAUCAGGUGUAUUUAAUCCAUUCCUUUAGUAGCAACAUAUUAACUGAUUGUCCUUGAGCAGGACACGUCCAGUUUUGCACAUCAGCCUGUACCGAGGACCCGGCAAUCUAACAGUUUGCAUGCUGCAUCCACUGGAUGGUUUUUAUUUGUGUUCGCUCCCGGUGUUUUGGUCUUGUUUGUCCUGUGAUCUAAUUCUCAUUUUUAUAAGUGUCACUGGCGCCUGCAUUUGUACACUGGUCCGUAGCGCUAGCCCUGUAAAUGGCUUCCCGUUUUUGUAACGUUUUGCACUCAGCAUUGCUUUGAGAUUUUAUUUUUGUUUCUCAUUUGUGCAAAAUUAAACAUUCCUUUUAAGUCCAAAGCCGCCUGUUGUUUGGGUGUGCUGGUUUGUGCUGGGGAACAAAGUUGUUUCUCUUUCCUCAACCCAGGAUUUGUGUCGAGCGGGGGUUCUCAAACUUCAUUGCACCGCGACCCUCUUCUGACAACAAGAAUUACUACAGGAUCCCAGGAGGGGGGACCGAAGCCUGACUAGACUAAUAUUUACAAUUGUGUUCAUAAAUUGGCUGUCAGUUAACGCAAGUUAAA